AGGCAGCAGGUUAACAUCUAUGAACUGAGUACCGUAGAAGAUCCCCCUUUUUCUCUCUCUCCUCUCUCCGUUGGAUUUACUUUUUUUUCCCUCCCCGACACUAAGGAUAUUUAUUUCGAGACAACGUCUGGAGUAUCAACCUGCGGAUCUAUGCGAACCCUACGCGGGAGUCAUCGACAUUUGUGAAGUUGAAGAGGAGGAAUGUAUCGUUUCUUUGUGAAACUAACAUUUCUGAUUCCAGCAAUCGUCAUCUCACAAGGUCUAAGAUGCUCCCAACCUACUGAGUCAUGCCUGAAUGGAGGAAGAUGCGAAGCCACCUCAAAUGGAAAUGGAGAAUGCAAGUGUCCCAGCGACUACGUGGGCAGUCGAUGCCAGUUCCCGAGCCCCUGCAGCCCUUCGCCCUGCCGCAACGGCGGCGAAUGCCGGGCCGUCUCCCACGGCAACACGUUUGAUUUCCGCUGCGUGUGCCGCCUGGGUUUCACCGACCGCCUGUGCCUGACCCCCACCAACCACGCCUGCAUGAGCUCCCCGUGCCACAACGGAGGAACCUGCGAUCUCCUUACUCUCACUACCUACCGCUGCUUCUGCCCACCUGGUUGGUCAGGCAAGACCUGCAGCACUCCCAACCCGUGUGCUUCCUAUCCAUGUGCCAAUGGCGGCCAGUGCUCAGCCGUGGAUUCCAACUUCAUCUGCACCUGCCCGCCCAACUUCAGCGGUCAGACCUGCAAGCAGGACGUGAACGAGUGUGGCCAGACUCCCUCGCCCUGCGUCAACGGCGGCGUGUGCGUGAACGAGGUCGGCUCGUACCACUGCCGCUGUCCCCAGGAGUACACCGGCCAGCACUGCGAGACCCCUUACCUGCCGUGCAGCCCCUCGCCCUGCCAGAACGGGGGCACUUGCGUCCAGAAGGGAGACACCACCUACGACUGUAGCUGCCUUCCAGGCUUCAACGGCCACCACUGUGAGCAUAACAUCGACGACUGCCCAGGCCACAACUGCCAGAAUGGCGGCGUAUGUGUGGACGGGGUGAACACCUACAACUGCCAGUGCCCUCCUCACUACACAGGUCAGUACUGCACAGAAAACGUGGACGAGUGUGAGCUGAUGCCCAACGCCUGCCAGAAUGGAGGGACGUGCCACGACACUCACGGGAGCUACCACUGCGUCUGCGUCAACGGGUGGAUGGGCGACGACUGCAGCGAGAACAUCGACGACUGUGCCAGCGCCGCCUGCUAUCACGGCGCCACCUGCCACGACCGCGUCGCCUCUUUCUUCUGCGAGUGUCCCCACGGACGCACGGGUUUGCUGUGCCACCUCGACGACGCCUGCAUCAGCAACCCCUGUCAAAAGGGCUCCAACUGCGACACCAACCCGGUCAAUGGCAAGGCAAUAUGCACCUGUCCCCCAGGUUACACCGGAUCGGCCUGCAACCUUGAUAUUGACGAGUGCUCCCUUGGUGCAAACCCUUGUGAGCACGGCGGCCGCUGCCUCAACACCAAAGGCUCUUUCCAGUGUAAGUGUCUUCAAGGAUAUGAAGGACCUCGUUGCGAGAUGGACGUCAAUGAAUGCAUGUCCAAUCCUUGCCAUAACGACGCCACCUGCCUUGACCAGAUUGGAGGUUUCCACUGCAUCUGUAUGCCCGGAUAUGAGGGUGUGUUCUGUCACAUCAACACAGAUGAGUGCGCCAACCAGCCGUGUCUCAAUAAUGGCAAAUGCAUUGACAAGAUCAACUCGUUCCACUGCGAGUGCCCCAAAGGUUUUUCUGGCGGUUUGUGUCAAGUGGACAUUGACGAGUGUGCCAGCACCCCCUGCAAGAAUGGCGCCAAAUGCACAGAUGGACCCAACAAGUACACUUGUGAAUGCGCUGAAGGUUACACAGGGCAGCACUGUGAGACCGACAUCAACGAGUGCUACUCGGAUCCCUGCCACUAUGGCACCUGCAAAGAUGGCCUUGCCUCCUUCACCUGCUACUGCCGACCUGGCUACACUGGCCGCUUGUGUGAGACCAACAUCAACGAGUGCCUAAGUCAGCCCUGUAAGAACGGUGGUACGUGCCAGGACAGGGAGAACACGUACAUCUGUUCCUGCCCUAAAGGAACCGCGGGUUUCAAUUGUGAGGUGAACCUGGACGACUGUAAGAGCAAGCCCUGCGACUACGGGAGGUGCAUCGACAAAAUCAAUGGCUACGAGUGUGCCUGCGAGCCGGGUUACACAGGAACGAUGUGCAACAUCAACAUCGACGACUGCGCCAUCAACCCCUGUCACAACGGCGGUACAUGCAUCGACGGCAUCAACAGCUUCACCUGCCUCUGCCCGGAGGGCUACAACGACGCCACCUGCCUGUCGCAGGUGGACGAGUGUGGCAGCAACCCGUGCAUCCACGGCCGAUGCAAGGACCUCAUCAACGGCUACAAAUGCACCUGUGACUCCGGCUGGAGCGGCCAGAACUGCGACAUCAAUAACAACGAAUGCGAGUCCAACCCAUGCAUGAACGGGGGAACCUGCAAGGACAUGACCAGCGGAUACCACUGCACAUGCAGAGCUGGCUUCACUGGACCUAACUGCCAAACUAACAUCAACGAGUGCGCCUCCAACCCCUGCCUCAACCAGGGCACCUGCAUCGAUGAUGUGGCUGGAUACAAAUGCAACUGCUUGCUGCCUUACACUGGUGAAAAUUGUGAGACCCUGUUGGCUCCCUGCAGCCCCAGGCCCUGCAAAAAUGGUGGAAUAUGUAAGGAGUCUGAGGACUACCAGAGCUUCUCCUGCAUCUGCCCUGAAGGAUGGCAGGGUCAAACCUGUGAAAUUGAUAUCAACGAAUGUGUGAAGAGCCCGUGCCGCAACGGCGCUCUCUGCCAUAACACCAUGGGCGGCUAUCAGUGCAAGUGCCAGCCGGGUUACAACGGCCAGAAGUGUGAGACGGACGUGGACGACUGCAAACCAAAUCCCUGCAGUAACGGCGGCCUGUGUCGCGACGGCGUCAACAGUUUCACGUGUACCUGUCUGCCCGGGUUCCGUGGUGGCAGAUGUGAGCAGGACAUAAAUGAGUGCGAGAGUAACCCCUGCAGGAACGGGGCCAACUGCACCGACUGUGUGAACAGCUACACCUGCACCUGCCCGCCCGGCUUUAGCGGCAUCAACUGUGAGAUCAACACCAACGACUGCACCGACAGCUCUUGCUUCAAUGGAGGCACCUGCGUGGAUGGAAUUAACGCCUUCACCUGCCAAUGUCUGCCUGGAUUUACUGGCAGCUACUGUCAGUAUGAUAUCAACGAGUGUGACUCCAAGCCAUGCCUCAAUGGUGGGACUUGCCUCGACAGUUACGGGACGUACAAGUGCACGUGCCCUCACGGAUACACGGGAGUGAACUGCCAGAAUCUCGUGCGCUGGUGUGACUCUUCCCCUUGUAAAAACGGAGGCUCGUGCUGGCAGCAGGGAGCCUCUUACACGUGCCAGUGUCAGACUGGAUGGACUGGCCUCUACUGUGACAUCCCAAGUGUAUCCUGUGAUGUUGCGGCCAAACAGCAAGGGGUUGAAGUGGCUCACUUGUGCAGGAAUUCAGGCCAGUGUCUGGACGCUGGAAACACGCAUUACUGCCGCUGCCAGGCGGGCUACACCGGGAGUUACUGCCAGGAGCAGGUGGACGAGUGCUCACCCAAUCCAUGCCAGAACGGAGCCUCGUGCACUGACUACCUAGGGGGAUACAGUUGUGAGUGUCUCCCCGGCUACCACGGUGUCAACUGCUCUAAAGAGAUCAAUGAAUGUCAGUCACAACCCUGCCAGAAUGGAGGCACCUGCAUUGACCUCAUCAACACGUACAAGUGCUCCUGCCCCAGAGGAACACAAGGUGUCCACUGUGAGAUUAAUCUGGACGACUGCAACCCCUCCAGUGACCCGAUUACCAACGAGCCCAAGUGCUUCAACAACGGCAAGUGCGUGGACCGCAUCGGGGGCUACCAGUGCGUGUGUCCCGCCGGCUACGUGGGCGAGCGCUGCGAAGGGGACGUCAACGAAUGUUUGUCAGACCCCUGUGACCCCAGAGGCUCCUACAACUGCAUCCAGCUCACCAACAGCUACCGCUGCGAAUGCCGCACCGGAUAUACAGGUCAACGUUGUGACAAGGUGUUCGAUGGCUGCAAAGGUCGACCCUGCAGAAAUGGAGGGACGUGUGCUGUUGCCAGUAAUACGCCUCAUGGUUUCAUCUGUAAAUGUCCACCUGGCUUCACCGGCUCGUCUUGCGAAUAUGAUUCCCGGUCCUGCGGGAGUCUGAAUUGCAGGAAUGGUGGAACAUGCGUGUCAGGGCACUUAGGCCCACGCUGCCUGUGUCCCUCUACCUUCACGGGGCCCGAGUGCCAAACCCCGACCGACAGCCUCUGCAUCUCCAACCCCUGCUACAACGGCGGCACGUGCCAGAUCACCCCAGACGCACCGUUCUUCCAGUGCAGCUGCCCCAGCAACUUCAACGGCCUGCUGUGCCACAUACUGGACUACUCCUUCGUCGGAGGCUUCGGCCGCGACAUCACCCCGCCCCCGGAAGUGGAGGUGAGCUGCGAGAUUCCUCAGUGCGAUGAGUGGGCAGGAAACCACAUCUGCGACUCGCUGUGCAACAACCACGCCUGCGGCUGGGACGGGGGAGACUGCUCGCUCAAUUUUGACGACCCUUGGCAAAACUGCUCGGCCGCUCUGCAGUGCUGGCGGUACUUCAAUGACGGGAAGUGUGACGGCCAGUGCAACAGCCCCGGGUGCCUCUAUGAUGGCUUCGAUUGCCAAGGACAGGAAGGACAGUGCAACCCUCUGUAUGAUCAGUAUUGUAAAGACCACUAUGCGGACGGCCACUGCGACCAGGGCUGCAACAACGCCGAAUGUGAAUGGGACGGCCUGGACUGUGCCAACAACAUGCCAGAGAAGCUGGCAGACGGACACUUAGUCCUGGUGGUCCACAUUCCUCCGGAACAGCUGAAGAACCGUUCCUCAUCCUUCCUCAGAGAGCUCAGCAGCGUCCUCCACACUAACGUGGUUUUCCGCCGCGACGCCAAAGGAGAGCCCAUGAUCUUCCCCUACUAUGGCAACGAGCAAGACCUGGUCAAACAUAACGUGCUGAAGCGCUCCGCCGACGGCUGGCCUGAGUGGACUUCAGUGCCCGCAAACGUUUUGGGCCAGGUGAAGGAGAGCGUGUCCUCCAUGGUCAGCUCACGGAAACGCAGAGAGCUGGAUCCUGUGCAAGUCAAAGGGUCAGUGGUGUACCUGGAGAUUGACAACCGUCAGUGUUACCAGCAGUCCACUGAAUGCUUCCAGAGUGCUACUGAUGUGGCUGCGUUCCUGGGAGCGCUGGCCUCCAGUGGGAAUCUCAAUGUUCCUUACAUUGAAGCAGUCACAAGUGUGAGACCCACUGACUCCACUCCAGAGCUAUACCCCAUGUAUGUUGUGUUCCUGGGCUUGGCUGCCCUGGGCUUCAUCUGCCUGGGUGUUCUGGUGUCCCGUAAGCGGCGGAGAGAACAUGGCCAGCUCUGGUUUCCCGAGGGGUUCAAAGUAUCCGAGCCAAGUAAAAAGAAGCGCAGAGAGCCUUUGGGCGAGGACUCUGUUGGACUGAAGCCCAUGAAAAACUCUGAUAUCAAUCUCAUGGAUGACAACCAGAAUGAAUGGGACGAUGAGGAUCCAGACUGCAGGCGAUUCAGGUUUGAGGAGCAGGCCAUGUUGGAUUUGAGCGAUCGCACCGACCACAGGAAAUGGACGCAGCAGCACCUGGAUGCAGCCGACCUGCGAAUCGCAUCCAUCGCUCCUACGCCUCCUCAGGGAGAAAUAGAGAACGACUGCAUGGACGUCAACGUCAGAGGACCAGAUGGUUUCACUCCCCUGAUGAUUGCCUCCUGCAGCGGUGGAGGACUGGAGACCGGCAACAGCGAAGAGGAAGAAGAUCCGUCAGCGGAAAUCAUUUCCGACUUCAUUUACCAAGGCGCCAACCUCCACAACCAGACUGACCGCACGGGCGAGACCGCCCUCCACCUGGCUGCCCGCUACGCCCGCUCUGACGCCGCCAAGCGCCUCCUCGAGUCCAGCGCCGACGCCAACGUUCAAGACAACAUGGGCCGCACUCCGCUCCACGCUGCGGUGGCGGCGGACGCUCAGGGAGUGUUCCAGAUUUUAAUCCGAAACCGCGCCACCGAUCUUGACGCCCGCAUGCAUGACGGAACAACCCCGCUGAUCCUGGCAGCCCGACUGGCAGUUGAGGGCAUGGUUGAAGAGCUUAUCAACUGCCACGCCGACGCUAACGCCACCGAUGACUCUGGCAAAUCUGCUCUUCACUGGGCCGCGGCUGUAAACAACGUGGAGGCCGCCAUGGUGUUGCUGAAAAACGGUGCCAACAAAGACAUGCAAGACAACAAGGAAGAGACGCCGAUCUUCCUCGCGGCGCGCGAAGGCAGCUACGAGACGGCUAAAGUUCUCCUGGAGCACUUCGCCAAUCGUGAGAUCACCGACCAUCUCGACCAGCUGCCCAGAGAUAUCGCCCAGGAGCGCAUGCACCACGACAUCGUCCGCCUUCUGGAUGAGUACAACGUAGUCAGGAGUCCCGGGCUCCACAGCACCCCGCUAAGCACCUCCAGCCUCUCCCCGCCUCUCUGCUCCCCUAACGACUAUCUCAGCAACCUCAAGCCCAACCUUUCCGUCAAGAAGGUUCGUAAGCUCAGCGCCGGCGGGAAAGGAGGGAAGGACGGGGGCAAAGAUAACAGGUUGAAGAAGAAAAAGUCGCUGGACGGGAAGAAUAACCUACUCGACACAUCGGCUGUCCUCUCCCCGGUUGAUUCCCUCGAGUCGCCCCAUGGCUACCUGUCCGAUGUGGCCUCUCCACCCAUGCCGUCACCCUUCCAGCAGUCCCCGCCUAUGUCUCUGAAUCACCUACAAGGCAAUGGAGACUCCCACAUGGGCCAGAUGAACAUGGGUAAGGACAUGGGAUGCAUGUCUUUUGACCCUAACCCACCCCGUCUCUCCCACCUGCCGGUGUCCAGCCCCAACGGUCAGGGCGCGGCAUCCAUAGGCGGUAACAGGGGAGUCCCGUGUGACUGGAUCUCCAGGAUGCACCCGGGCGUAGGCCAGCAAGGAAGCUUCACCCAGGCGCCGCCCAUGGCCCACAGCAUGAUGGGCGCUCUGCACGGCGUCAGCACUGCCACGCUGUCUCAGAUAAUGGGCUACCAGAACCUGCAGACCACCCACCUCGGCUCGUCGGCGCACAUGAUGCAGCAGGCUCACUCCCGGCAGCUCCAGCACCAGAACUCCAACUCAGCCACCGCCGGCCAGUCCCUCAAUCAGAGUUUCCCAAACAUUGAGAUCAACGGCUCCGACAUGCAGCAGAACAACGGCGCGGGCCGCUCCGUGGCCAUCCACACGGUGAUGCCGCAGGAGACGCAGAUCCUCGGAACCCAGUUCCUCACCCCGCCCUCCCAACACAGCUAUUCAGGCCCAAUGGACAACACACCCAACCACCAGCUACAGGUGCCCGACCACCCAUUUCUAACCCCUUCCCCUGGUUCCCCCGACCAGUGGUCCAGCUCGUCCCCACAUUCCAUGUCAGAUUGGUCGGAGGGAAUCUCCAGCCCGCCCACAAGUAUCCACUCGCAGAUGAAUCUGAUCCCAGACCAGUUUAAAUAGAGACUCGUGAAAAAUGGACCGAACUCUCGGGUUGAGUAAAUAUAAAGUACAACACGAACCGCGCAGAAAGAGAGAGACAAACGAGACUGAAGAGGCUUCUUUUUUAUUAUCAGUUUUUAUACUAAUGAUAAGAACAGUUUUAGUUAUUUUGUAUUUAUUUAUGUGCUUUUUUUGACCUAAAAAAUAAAGAUGCUUUUAUAUUUAUGCUUUGUUUUUGUUUUGUUAUGUAUGGGACGACUAGAAACCAUUGAAAGGGAGUGUAUAUCAGAAAAAAAAGGCUCCUAGAUGUGUACACUGGCUAUUUAUUUGUGUCUUGUGUUGAUAUAUUCACUGGAUUUAUUUUAAUCUUUUUGCGCAUCGGUCUUUGCAAAUUUUAUUUUUGGGUUGCUUUAUGUUUGUACAGAUGUUCCCUUUUUUUUCGACUUUUAUAGAUUAUUUUAAAUUUUCAGUGUUAAUUAUAUUUUAACCUCCUCUGUCUUUUUAAGUGACACAGGUUUUGUUACUGAACUACAUUUCACUAAGUCUUAUCACUGAGUCUGUGUUAGACGUUGAUCAAAUAAAUAUAUAUAUAAAGUGUCACCUUUCGUAAUGUUGCUUGCUACACUGUCCUCUUUAAGCGAAAUGAUACAAAUAAAUGAGAGUGUAAUGUGGAGAUUCUGGACCUUAAAGCACAAAAUAAAUGUUUCUUAUUGACUACAAGAUGCUUUCACGAACAAGCAGAAAAGCAUCUAAACACAUCUGAGGCUAUUUUUUACGGGGUAGUGGUCUGGGCUGGUGCUGAGUAAUUGAUUUGUGAUAAUUUAUGAUGCUUAUUUGUUUCAUAUUGUAUCCCAAAUCAGUGAUUGUGGUUACCGUGUUUAACCUGUUAAGUGUUAAAAUCGCAGACUUGUUGUUGAAUGUUACAUUUGCCACAUUUUAAAAUAGUGCCAGUGUGAUUUCUGUUUUUCCUAAGAAAAAGCAAUGUAUUUGUGAGAUUUCUUGUGAAAAAAAAAAUGUCUUCAAGUUGGAAAACAUUGUUUGUGAAAGAAAUAGGGACCUUUGUGUGUUUUAACGACACCGCCUGCACUUUGUGAAGGAGCGCGGUUUAAGGUGUCUAAAUGUCACGUUUUAUAAACUAAUCCAGAGGUAAAUAUGUUUUUAAGAAAAGUAAUUCAAAAUCAAUCCUCGUGCAAAGUUGUAGUUUGCAAAGAAAUAUUUGCUGAUUAAAAAAUGUUUUGUAAAAAUUGUCUUAAUUCAAUAAAAGCUUUAAAGCUUAAAAA